CGGCUACUAAACAGUAGGAUUCGCUCUGAACGAUGAUCUUAAUUCACUAGGAAACUUGAUAAAAUUCUAGUCAUUCACAGUGCAAAUAAUUUUAUUUUUCAAAUUAACGAAGUUUUCAAAAAAGUUCGUGAAAAUUCAUUCAAAUUUAAAAAAAUUUUUUUUUGUUGUCAUUUUUGAAAAUUUUUCCGAAAUUUGUGUAGUGAAAAUGAUUUUACGUAACAUAAAAAAAUAUAAAAUUAAAUUGCAAUAUAAUUUAAGUAUUAGAACAAUUUUUUAAUUCAAUAACGUUUGUUUCCAUUUGAGUGCAUAAUAUUAUUAAAGUGUCGAAAAAAUAAUUGAACUUGUGCCAAAAGUUCUAUUAUUGAUUGACUUAUAUAUUUAAAAUACAUACUUUAAUAGUUAAAGUUAAUUACAACGAUACUAUGAUGCAAAACAUUAUAUACAAAUAAAUACAACAUUGAAAACAAAAUUUAUUUAUAAGACUGCUUAUAUAUCAAAAUAAGAUGUUCUUAACAGCGGAAUUAGGAAGUAAAGCAGAAAACAUCGUCUUUAACAAUGAGUCUUUACAAAAUUUUUCAAAUACAUCCGCCAACGGUGACUACAUUUUUGAUCGGAUCGAUGUCAAAAUUAUAUUCAUAACACUCUAUUCCAUCGUAUUUUUCUUUUGUUUUUUUGGAAACCUUCUAGUCAUAUUAGUCGUUAUGUACUCAAGAAGAAUGCGGGGUAUCACGAAUUUCUUCCUGGCAAAUCUAGCAGUUGCAGAUCUCUGCGUUGGAAUAUUUUGUGUUUAUCAAACUUUGAUUAAUUAUAUCAUGAACAGUUGGCUUCUCGGCGAGUUCCUUUGCAAAGUUUACAUAUUUGUUCACGCACUCUCAUAUACAGCAAGUAUCAUGAUUCUAGUGUUAGUAUGCGUGGAAAGAUACCUCGCAAUUAUCCAUCCAUUAAAAUGUAGAUCUUUACUUACAAGAAGCCGUCUUAGAGUAAUCGUUGUAAUUGUAUGGAUUUUAGCAGCUAUUUAUGCUCUGCCAAAAUUUAUAUUUGCGGAAACGAUUGAAAAUAAACUUAACUCCGGUACUAUUGAUAUUAUUUGUAUUCCAAACAUGAAAAAACAUAGCAAGAAUGCUCUUGACACAGUUAACUUUAUAUUACUUUACAUUAUACCACUAUUUUUGAUGAGUUGUCUGUAUACGAGAAUAGCAAUUAGACUUUGGAAAAGUGGAAGGGCUUUGAGUGGACCUGAUCUGAUAACGAGGUCGAGAAAUAUAAGACUUCAUCAUACAAAUGAAUCCAACAAAAAUGUUCUUCGAGCACGCAGAGGUGUUAUAAGGAUGCUCAUUGCCGUAGUAAUUAUGUUCACCAUGUGCAAUUUACCUCAACAAGCACGGAUUCUCUGGCAUCACUGGGGUACUAAUUAUCAAAGUGCUUCUAACUUUAGCACUAUACUAACAGUUGCUACAAAUCUUGUUUCAUAUAUGAAUUCUUGCUUAAAUCCUCUACUUUAUGCCUUUCUGUCAAGAAAUUUCCGAAAGGCAAUGCGUGAACUUUUCUCUUGUCGUUUUCAAAUCCAAGGUAGAGGUUAUAAUGCCGGCGAUGGCGCUCAAAAUGGCAACAACACUAUACCUCGCAGUUCCGUUAUACGAUUGAAUUCAAUGUACGACAGUCCUUGCACUACUCACACAAUUACAAGACAAAGCACGUACACCAAGCAUUCGUGAAAUUUGUUAACUGACCCCGUGACCGAUCUUUCUUGCAGUACUCCAGAAAGUACUGAGGCACGGAGGGCAGUUUGCCAUGAUAUUGGUAUAACUCAAUUGUAAAGCGUACAGUAUUUAUUGUGUAAAGUUUUCCAUGAAUAUAAAUCUACCUCUCAUAAAAAUUUUAAAUAUAAAGAGUUACUUAAAUUAUAGUUUUUUUCAAUUUAACUCCAUAUGCCAAAAAUACUUACUUAUAAAACUAUUUUGUAUGGCUUUCAAGAGAAUAAUAAGCAAUGAGCUUAAAAUAUUUUAAACUUUGUUAUUAUAGUUUUAAAAGAUUUAUAGAGCAAUCGAAUUAUGACUAUUCUAGCACAUGGUUCAUAAGGAGUAAUAGCCAAUAAGAAAAAAAUAUAAUAAGUAUUAAUUACCUAAUUGUAUUAUAUAAUAUUUUUAAGUCCAAUAAAUUAAUAUGUAAGUCAGUAAGUAUAGUAAUAAAUUUUUAUCAUAAUUGUUGUCUUUUUUUCUAUCAUUGUCAAACUUAAAGUAAGUCCGUUAUUUUUAUACACUCGUUAAUUGACAUUAAAAAUAUUAACUAUCUUAAAAUAAUGUUUGUUUAAUAAUAUUGUAAUUACGAAUAAAUUAAAUGAAAAAAAAAAAAAUCGUGAAAACAAAUAAUACUAUUUUGAGUAUAAAAUUUUUUUCUUCUUUUUCACAACUCAAUUGCGAAGCAAUGAUAUGUGUUCUGCUAACGCUUACUCAGUCCAAGCUCAAUUAGAAAAAAAUUCGUGCCAUUUAAAGAUUAAUUUAUUAAUGAAUAAAAUGAACAUGAUUUUAAGUCACUUUUUUUGAAAAAAAUGAUUGAAAAAAAAAAAAUGUAAAAAAAACCUGUAAUGUCCAUCAGUACGUACGGAUGUUGGUAAACACUAUAACUUAAAAAAUAUACAAUUG